GUAAUAAACAUGUGAAAACUGAAAAAAAGAAUCUGGCAAUUAAGAAACAAUUUGUAUUAGUUUGAACUCAGAAGCCAGACUAUGAGGAAGAGAGUAAGAAUGAAGAGAAAGAAAUUGAGGCAACAAUUGUAGGUAAAUGAUAUGGUGGUGGUGGAAGAAGAGGAGGAAGAUCAGGAUCAAAAUCUUUCAAGGUAAAAUGUCCAUGCCAGGACCACAUCAAGUUGUUCCAGGAGCAUCAAGUGGUCCGUCUGCACCUCCUUCCUAUGAAGAGACAAUGGCUACCCACCAUUUUCCUAUUCCCCAUGGUCCUACACCAGGAGUAGUACCAGGAGCAGACGGGAAGGUUAUGACUCCUCCUGCAUACUACUCGCAGCCUAUGCCAGUUCCUAAUCCUAAUGCAAUUGCAGUUCAGACCGUGUAUGUGCAGCCAGCUAUCUCCUUCUUUGACCGUCCUGUCCAGAUGCUCUGUCCCUCAUGUAAUAAGAUGAUAGUGACCCAUCUCACUUAUACUGCAGGAGCUCUAACUUGGCUUUCUUGUGGCAGCCUUUGUCUGCUGGGAUGUAUUGCUGGCUGCUGUUUCAUUCCAUUUUGUGUGAAUGCCCUUCAGGAUGUUGAUCACUAUUGCCCCAAUUGCAAAGCUCUUCUUGGUACCUAUAAGCGUUUGUAGGACCAAGGCAAAUGAGAUGAAUCUGCCUCAAAAGGUUUGACAGCUUUUCAAGUCCUUCAGAAACUUCACCAAGUUCACCACUGGUGAUGGUCUCCUUUUUGGUGGUCGGAUUUUUCCACUGGUGCAUUUAAAGGAGAAAAAACAAACCAAAAUCCAAACUAAUGCCGCCCCCUCUUCCCCAACCUCCAAACUUAUGAACAUACUUCUUGGAGGACUUGAAAGGACAUACAGGGACAUUGGUUUAAGUGUAGUUUGCCUAUGUAUGCACCAAAGUCAUCCUUGUCUUUGACUGAUUGCUGUCUUAUUUAAGAUUUCAUUUGGUGAUUAUUGAUUGGCAGGCAGACCCCUUCUGCCUCCUCUGUUAGCACCUUUGCUGAGGGUCUUUACAUAGAAGUUGUGGGCUGCCUAGGUUUUGUGACAGCCAGAAAGAGGCUGCAUCACUCCAUAGUGCCUAUACUUUGCUCCUCCAUGGGGCAGAAUCUUAAUGUAGAGAACUUAGAAGGUGCUAGUCUCAGACACCAUUCAAUUAGGGACUUUUUAUGAGCACAAAAAUUCACUUUAACUUUUUUAUUUUUUUUUUUUAUUUUUUUUUUUAAGAGGGGAGGUGGUAAUCUGGUAAUUCUAAACACAAGGUGCUUGCUACCUGAAUACAUUUCUAUGAGUUCAUGAGAGCUUCUCAGAAUUAGAAUUUCUUCUUUAUAAUUCUCUAUUUCCUCAAUUAUAGUUGAGUGGCCAGACUUUAGCAUGUGAAGUGUCCCCAUGAUCCAUUAAUUUUGUUAGCAACUGAGUUUGCUUGUUUGUUUUAAGAAACUUGCUUUUGUAUUGACUUGCCUUUGUAAAUGAUUUCAAAGGAAAUGCUUAUCAGCACAUCUUGACUAAUUCUGGGAAUAAUUAUCAUUCUUACAUAUGCCAGUAUGGCAUCCCAUUUUAUUAAAAACAAAAACACAAAUCAAAAAUACAACCCUACUGCCUUUAAUUUGGCUCAUUGCAGUUCUGAACAAUCGCCACAAUAAUAAUUUUAAAAAUUAAAAACUUUGGAUUCUGAGGUUUUUGGUUUUGUUUUUUGUUUUUUGUUUUUUUUAAAUGUGAAAGCAUACCUUUGAUUUGUAGGUAGAUCUUAUUUUUGGAACCUCUUUUCCAAAAACCUGCAUAUUGUAGGAAACCCUGUGAACUUGAGGAGUCUAGAAUUUAGUCUUAUUUUCAUAAAUCAAAUUAGUUUCAGUGUAUUAUAAGACAUGACUGUGAAGAUUCAGAGCGGUCCUGGUUAAAGAACUGUAUUGUGUUUGAAAUCAACAGACAAACAGGACUUUGGUUUCAAGAUUCCCUCAUUCAGUAUUUAGUGAAAGUAAAGGAAAUAUCUGGAUAAUAUGUCUAAAAAUAGCCCUAAAAUGAUAGAAGAAAGCUAUCCAUUGGUUAAAAUUUGUAAUAGUUAUGCUUAUUUUCUUCAAGUGUGCAUAAAAUCUCGUCUGGUUUCUAAAAUAAGGUUGUUGAAAAGUAUACAGCUCUCUUGGAGCACUUUGACUUUUAUUUACUGUAUUUCGACUUUUUAAGUCUUUGAAUUACUUGGUACCCCUUUUAUAAAAGUCUUCUUGUGGGUUUAGGAAAGGUUUUUAUUAUAUUGCAGCUGUUACUUUCCCUUCCUUCUCUCCCCCCCCCCUCCAAAAAAAAAAAAAGAAAAGAAAAAAGAAGAAAACCAAUCCAAAAAGCCCAAUUUUUUAUUAAUCAAUGGUGGGAGAACAUCUUUAGUGAUAAAGAGUACAAACUAACUGAAUCUCUGACAGUGCACCCUUAAAGUCAAUAUAGAUGAUUAUGAGAUCCACAUGCUCAGUGCAUCAAAUCUGAUGAUUAGCUUAUUUAUCAUAUUUUAUCUCAAUGGCAGCAAACUCAAAACAGAGCUUUUAUAUUAUAAAUUAAAUGUACAGAAAAAUAGAAGAAAAGUAUGAUUAUACUUCCAACAAAAUAUGGUUUGUUUGAUCAUUAACUGAGGCUUUUGUUGGUGCCAAGAGGAAAAUAGCAUAUCUAUCAGAUACACUUGUACAUUGCUAAUCAUUCAUUUGCUUUUACCUAAGUAUACAGUCAUAUGGAAGGGUUCAGGAAAUUAAGGAACCUUAUCUCGAUGCAGCUUGUGUUGUCAUUGAAACAUUUAUAAUUUGUGAUUUUAAAAAUCACUGCUUACUAAUGACAGGUGUGUUUAGAAUUCUUUCUUUGUUGUAAAGAAAGUAAGAUGCUGUGUUUCUAGCUGUUUUGUUCAAAUGAUAUGUAAAAUGGUCUCAGGCUAUUGUUGAAAUUAAUAUAUGCAAAUUCUGUAAUUCAGGCACUUUGCAUUGUGCAUGAAAAUGCAUUUUGUAGAUGGCAAAAUGUAUAAUGUACGUAAUUAAAAAAUAAAAUCGGAUGCAUUUUAGGAAAUUCCA